AUGCCGAUGGAUGUCCUCCAACACCUGAUCACCAAAGCAACGGCGAAGGAGGUGUGGGAUACGCUGAAACUCAUGUUCGAGGGACACACCCGCGUCAAGCAAGCCAAUCUCCAAACUCUCCUACGGAACUAUGAGACUUUGAUCAUGGGCGAUGAUGAGUCCGUGGAUGCGUUCGCUUCGCGGGUAGUUACUCUCGUCAAUCGGAUUCGUGCGCUUGGAGAAAACCUAACGGAGGCCUCAAUUGUCCGGCGGUUCUUGCGUGCGGCCCCUCCCCGGUACCUGCAAAUUGUCACGGCGAUCGAGCAGUGCGUCGAUCUCGCGACUCUCUCCAUCGACGAUCUUGUCGGACGGUACAAGGCUCACCAUGAGAGGAUGCGGUACAGUCUUGGGGAUGGAAAGAACGACGAGCUUGUGAUGCUCACAAAGGCGCAGUGA